AGGUCACGUGAUCUAUCUGCUAAAUGACAUGGUAUGGAUAGGAAUAAUAUCGCGUGUGCAUAUUUGUGAUAACUGAUAAAAAGAUUUCUAGUGAACUGGAAUCCGCUGAAAAGACCCUCCGCUCAGGAAUCGUUGUAUCUGUGCCGUAGCAAACCUCCAAAGGACGCCAUAGAAGUGAGAGUGGGCUGCCGAGAGCAGACCGAGGCUUUCGUCCGCCAUCAUCAUAAUAUACCAUCACAUCUUCUGCUCUCCAUGUUGUUGUGGGGUACACAACAGGUCGUUCUCUCCGAGAGUGGGAUCCACGACCGAGCGUGCACCUCAUAGCCUCGCUUAGCAUAUCGAGAACCUGAUCUUGUUUACAUUUGGGGUGUGCACGUUAUGCAAAUGAAAACACACGAAAAUGUAUGACAGCCGAGUAAUGCUCGUUUAAUGUUGGUAUAACAUUGACAACAAUCGACUUCCAAUCAAACACCCCAGCACCCGACGGGAUAACCUCGAAGCUCGUGCAAUACGUUUCAUCCUCAAUGGCCAGCUCCGGAGAAACUCCGAACGACUCACAGGACGAGUCAUUCAGACAAAAACAGGGAACAAGGGUGUUUAAGAAGAGUAGCCCAAAUGGAAAGAUAACAGCCUACCUCGGAAAGAGAGAUUUUAUAGACCAUCUGACUCAUAUAGACCCAGUUGAUGGCGUAAUAUUGGUAGACCCGGAGUACCUCAAGGAACGCAAGGUAUUUGCACAUAUUCUUGCCGCAUUCCGUUAUGGUCGGGAAGAUCUUGAUGUGUUAGGUUUGACCUUCCGUAAGGACCUUUUCCUGGCCUCGGUGCAGGUGUACCCCCCGGUAAAGGAACAGCAGAAACCGCUGACCAGACUACAAGAACGCCUCAUCAAAAAGCUGGGACCAAAUGCUUAUCCAUUCUUUUUUGAGCUGCCACCAAAUGCGCCAGCCUCUGUUACUCUACAGCCAGCCCCAGGAGAUACUGGCAAGCCCUGUGGUGUCGACUAUGAGUUGAAGACCUACGUAGCGGAGAAUGCUGAGGAGAAGCCACAUAAGAGGAAUUCGGUUCGUCUAGCCAUACGAAAGCUGACAUACGCUCCAGUGGAGCCCGCCCCACAGCCCAGUGCAGAAGCCACCAAAGAAUUUAUGAUGAGUCCGGGCAAUAUCAAGUUAGAGGCUUCUCUGGACAAAGAAAAAUACUACCACGGUGAAAAUAUCGCUGUCAAUGUUCUGGUGGAUAAUAAUACCAACAAAACUGUGAAAAAAAUCAAGAUUUCAGUACGACAGUUUGCCGAUAUCUGUCUUUUCUCCACUGCGCAGUAUAAAUGCACAGUAGCUGACAUGGAAAGCGAAGAAGGCUUUCCUAUUCAGCCCAGUCAGACCGGCUUCUGUAAAGUUUACCAUUGUACCCCACUUUUAACUAACAACAGAGACAAACGCGGCCUCGCGCUAGACGGUAAACUCAAACACGAGGAUACCAACUUAGCAUCCUCUACCAUAAUGGGAGAUUCUAGUCAAAAAGAAAACUUGGGCAUCGUUGUUUCCUACAAAGUCAAAGUCCGGUUAAUCCUAGGAUUUGGUUCCGGGGACCUGGCUGUGGAGUUACCGUUCACUUUGACACACCCCAAACCUCCCGAGUCCCCUCCUGUUUCUCGCCCAGUCAGCCUCACUCAACAAGAUGGCGGGAAAGACGCACCUGUUGACACUAAUCUCAUCCAAUUGGACACUAAUGGUGUGAGAACUGGUGACGACGAUUUCAUCUUUGAAGAUUUUGCCCGUUUGCGACUGAAGGGCCAUGACGGGGAAGAUACUGAGGCUUAGCAUUAUUUGUGUUCAAUGUUAAUUGUAUCUACAGAGACUGAUAUAUUGACGGAGUUAUCCCCCUUGACUGCUCUUCAUCAUCAAAUACAAGAUCUUUAUGAGGAACUUAAAUCAGGACGGUGAUCAAACUUGUUAAGGUUCUUUUUUCCUAUUGGGUAAAAACUUUUGCAGAUUUAUAAAAAAAAUAUCAUAGUUUUCAAAAUUCAUUUUGUUGCUAUGUUAUGAGUGUAUGAUGCUAUUUUAGUGAUUUUGUCUGUGAAAUAUGUUUAAUGUGAAACGCAUCCUUCGCUAAAGUGGAUUUAGUGUUCAUGAAAAUUGUCAUCUAUGAAAAUAUUGAUAUGUGAUGAAAAAAGAACCUUUACAAUGAAUCUAGAUGUGAUUUUAGACUUCAGGCUUAGAACACCAUAUGAUGUUGUGGGUCUUCUCUCCAUAUGUUUGUGUAUAAAGACAUUUUAUGCAAUGAACAUGUGAUUUUGUUCACUGGGGGAAAACGGAAUUUUAUGGAUUAGUGAAUUUCACAGGUGAAAGUUUUUAAUUGUGAAUGUGGAUCCUCAGCAUGAAAAAGCACCUGAUUGUAGCAGUGCUGUGAAAGCCACAUCAAUGUGGAUCAUAGUUACGCUAUAAAUAAAGAUUUGCUAUAAAAGGGAGAGUUAACGACUUUGAAACUCUUCAUGUAAAAGUUGCAUGUAAAUGUUUGGCUGAAAUCAGCGAUAAAACUCAUGUUUCACAGUUAUCAUCAAAUUUGAGAAGUUCUGAAAUUAUAUUUUGCAGUUUGGCAAUUGAAUUUAUCUUAAACGGACUGUAAUUGUAAAACGUAAUCUCUGUUAAUGUCUGAAUCUCAUUUUAAGUUGAGUUUCAUGAAUGUAGAAUUGCAUCACACAGCUGUUCUGUUCUUCUUGGACUCCUCAGGGAUGCUGAGUUAAAGGCAAAAUUGUUAAAAUCCAAGAGAAAAAAUUGAAAUUGAUCUAAACAAAUGUUAAAAACUUAUAAUCUGUUAGCCUGGUACAAUUACUACUGGUGUUUUACACCACAGUUUAGCUUUUAGUUGGCUCUGAUAAAACUUUGAUAUUAUGAAUAAAUACUCCUUUGUCGUUCAGAAUCAUGUAAGUAAUAAAUUGUAAAGGAAAUGUACUAGUAGUCACAAAAGAAAUUUCUGGAUCAAUACAAUUAAUCAACAAUCCUAUAAAAUUUGUGACACUUGAUUUAACUUUCAAAUUUAAGUCAUUUCUGAAAAGUACAAUUUUUUCUUCACAUUUAAAGAUGUCUUGAACAGUCCAAGUGAUUUAGAAUUAAUAGGAUAACAUUUCAUUACCAGAAUCAAGAAGUUUAAACAAUAAAAACAAAAUAUAACAUGUAAAAUGCAAAAUAAAAUACCCCAAAACAAAUAAAAAAAUGUUUUCAGAGGGUUCCACAUUUCAGAAACGUUAAAACUUAUUACAAAGCCAAAUAAAUUUUCUAAAAUUUGAUCAUAAUUGUGAAACUUAGACAUGUACCGAUGGUUCAGAGAGACAAUAUUUUCAUGGCACAAGGUUUUCAAUACAAUGAUGAAAAUGUUAUUUAUAUAUAUGUAUAAAUAUAUCUAUAUGUAGUGGUGGCCACCAUGCUCCUAAGACAGUAGUUAUUUGUAAACAUCCCUUGAAGCAAACUGUAUUUUUCAGUGUUGUACAAUGCUAAGUGUACUUCUUGUUGUGGGCUGUCAAAUGUUGAUGCGUCCAACACUUUACUUCGGUUGUCUCCCUUGUGUCACUCAGGGCGGCGGGUAUUCCGAUCGGGCUUGGAACAUGGACCAUUCACACAUCGUUCUCAAACUCUCCCAUAAAUAGCUGAUAUCAAGCUGGAGGAGUUUCCGAUAAAUGGACAAAUUUUGUUUGUUGUGUAUCUGUAAGACUGGACUCUUGGAAAAGUUCGAAGUUUUAAUCGUUUAAAUAUUAUGCCUUUGAGGCAUGAUUCAAAUGAAAGACUGGUAUUAACUUCGUAAAUAAAAAAAAAUUGAAAUAAGUUCUUAUUGUGAAUUAUUACAAAUUGCAUUAGACAACAAUCAAUGCAGCAGAAACUUCAGCAUUUUAGUAGGGAAUAGACACCAUUAAAGAUUUUAGACAAAUGCCGAUUCGAUAAAAAAUGUUAUUAUCUGUAAGAUGUUACCUUCAAAAACAGACACAUUCAUGAUUUUUGUUAUUUCCAAGGUGUAUCGGUAAGAAUGUGUUUAGAUUGAGGUCCUCCUUUUAAGACACAUAAGAUAUCUGGUACAGUAUACAAACUGGCUGAAUUCUCGCCAUUUAUCAUGGCAGAUGAACUUUUACAUCAGUAGCUAUGAUGUAAGUGUUUAGCCAAAAUUGUUGUCAAAUUGUGGCUGAUGUUAAGAGGGCUGUUCUGCCCAUAGUUCUUCAUAAAUGUGUUCCCUGAUAUUAGAAAUUGUGGUCAGGUUUAAUUAUAGAUAGGACUUUUAUGUCAAUUAAGGAAAAUGGGUCAAUUAUCUAAAUCUUUCUUAUUGAAAUAAGUUAUCUGUUUUUGCUCAUGUAUUUGAUUGGUGAUAUUUUGUUACUGUAUAAAUGCCAUUGUGUGAUACAAUAUACCUAUACAUUGUAUCUCUGUAACUGAAGGUAGGAAUAGAGGGUCUUAUGUACUCAAUGUUGGAAUUUGUCACAUUUCUAUUACAAACAUUUUUCUUAGAAAAUGCAGAUUGUUCAUCUAGUUUUUGAAUUAAAGAAAAAAAAUCUUUAUUUCAAAUCAGGUUCAUUUUAGAAACUAAAUAUUAUUAAUAUUUAUUUUGUUAAUCUUCACUGAUGAAUUGUACAUGUUCAGCAAUUUAUCAGUCAACUUAUUCCUUUUCUGGUAUGAAAAUUGCCAAUAGUGUUCAAGGGAAUGCCUGUGACAUUUUGGAAUCCAAAUAAUUUACUCAAUGUUGCAUAGAUAAAACAAAUGAAUUAUAAGUAGGCUGUACAGGCCAAUUGGGCCUCUUACUUGUAAAUUUUAAUGAUUGAUGAAAAAAAAACUUUCAACCUUGAAAAAAAAAAAAUUCUAUUUUAAGCUUUUAAAACUUUGAAUAUGUAUUAUCAAUAUAUAGAUGUUUUACCUAUGAAAAAUGGAAUUUAUGGAUAGGAAGCUGGCUCAUUGGUUAACAAACCAAAUGAUUUUAAGUUUUACAUAUACAAUCUUAAUAGCUGUUAACCGAAGUUCUAUGAGUUAUUGUUGAGGUUAGAUUCCCCAAAUUGUUGCAUUUAUUUAGAGAAUUAAAUGAUUAAAGUGGUUGAGGGCAGACCAAUGUGAUAACUUGCAAUAGACCAGUUUUCUGGAUAUUUAACAAUUUAAUAACUGUAUUGCUCUGGAGAUGUUCCGUACUACUUUAAAUGAUGUAGAAGAAUUAAAAAGAGACUUACUAAAAACAAAAAAUGAGAGAGUUAAUUUCAAGAUAUUUUUAGGAGCAAGGGAGAUAACAUUUAUUAGCAAGGGAAGUAACCCUGACCGCAAUGUGUAUCCCGUUCUAUUUUUUCAGUGUAUGUUUGUAUCAUGAAACAUUGGCUUCUGUGUCUCCGAUAUUCACUAUUUAUCCGAUGUCCAUGGAUCAUCAUACGUCCAGUCGGCCUUGUCCUCGUUUGUGAGGUAAACUUGUCACAGUCAGUGUGGAGUUUCCUUCAGAUCUGAGGAAGAUUUUGGUUAGUAACAGGAUGUAUGUCAUUGUUAUCAUGUAGUAUACCUACUGUGUGCAUAUAAUAUAUAUUUAUAAUCUGAAUGUAUUAAAACACCUGAAAAUAU